AUUCGCCACUUGCUUCGCUUGCCACGGUGCUGCCGCAGCUGCCGCUGCCGCUGCUGCUUCUGCGUUAGCUCCAAGCAUUAAGCUCUUUAAGUAGAUGGUAGUAGUUCCCGUCCCAAACCCACCGCCGGCCAACAAUGGACCCUGCUACUUGCGUCAACCUGUAUACACGCCGGACACGGUAGAUCGUUCGCCGGCGGUCCCGUUUACGCUAAGAAUAACCCCUAUAAAGUACUCACUCACCAGAGAGACGACGUUGUCGUCGUUGUGGUCGUUGUUGUUGUUGUUGUUGUUGAUGAUCUAUUUUCGUGGUUGAGCGAAACCAUCCGUACCGCCGACGGGCGAGUACGGAAGAUAGCAAAAUCCCGCGACAUAGACCAGCCCUUGUCGUGAUCUUGUCGGGAUGUUUCGCAAAACAUUUUUCGCGAACAAGUUCCGGCGCACUGUCGGUGGUAGUAGUGAUCGGUAUGGGUGUGUGUUGGUUUAAGUCCUCAUGAAUGGGACGACAGUGCACGAAAUUUGAGAACAGCCUUUGGUGCCCGGUACGGUCUUUUAACGAGCGUUAACUAACCGAACAAACGAUGGGCUAGCGAUGUUCUGAAUGAGUCAACUGUCGAUGUGUCGCAAUGCACCUCCGUCCAUCGGUAGACCGCUAAGUGUCUCGUGCAACAUGAUGCAGGUUUUUGGCACCUUCUAAUGGAUGCAACCGUGCACUGUUCCUAUUCGUUCCUACGCACGCGUGAGAAUAGUGUAAAGCAGUGUUGAAAGACCGUGUUACGUGAUAAAGUGUGAAGAAACCCUACCUGGCACCCCGUUUGAACACCAUGUCGAUGCAAGCACUGAACACGCAGACGCCCCAGCGGCGAUCAUCGCUGCUGGAGCGCUACCAACCGAAAACCGGUUCCCAGGAUCCGAUGUCGGCGUCACUGGACCCGCCCGCACCACCCAGCAUCACCAAAUCGACGAGCCAGAGAAGUCUACAACACUCGUCGCUCCUACAACGCUACCAACCGAAACCACUCGGAAGUGCUGGCGCCGGUGGUAGCAGUGUUGGAGUCCCCCCCAACGCCCAACCACCAAACCGUUCUUCCAGCCAGCGCAGUCUGGAUCAAUCGAAGCUCCUGCGGCGGUACUACCAUCAGCCGCAUUCACUCGACGAGAACCAACCACCGGAAGCAGGUGGACAGGAAGGCGCAAGGCUCACCGCGGCCAAUACCGAUCCGCAACGGUACAGCAGCCAAAGGAGUCUGGAAAACUCGAAGCUCCUGCAGCGCUACAACCCUACGGUGAACAAUUCGCAGGAAUUUACUGGCCUUUCGGUGCGCGAGAGUACACCGGUGGCCAGAUUUAACCGUGGUACCAGCCUUGAACCCGACCGUAUCCAACGCUCUUCACUGCUGUCCAAGUACACGCCACGGUUCGGUAAGUCACUCGAUCGAAACCAGGCACUGGAAGCGGCCAAGGGCUACGGAGGAGGGUACGGUAGCGAACAGCAUCUACCCCAUGGACCGGCAGCCCAGCAAGAGCGGCCGGUACAAAGUUUGGCCUCAUCACGCAACGAGAUCGCGGAUUAUGGAGCGGAUCACUUCGAUUACUAUCGAGACAUCCGAAGCCGAUCGUCGAGCCUUUCGCGCGGUGGUCUGGCCGGAAGGAAGGGCGCACCAUCGGCUCGUGGUUCACAGAGGAGGCUCUCGGGCGUGGAACCGAUGGAACCGGUCACUCCGGAAACGUUGCCCGUGGUGAGCGCUGUAACGGAACCGGUACUGGGUAACAUUGCGUCCGCCCUUCCUUUGCCGAUGGUUAGCGUAAUUCCACCGACACCAGCACCGGUGCAGCAGCAGCAGCAGCAGCAGCAGCAGCACGAUGUCAGCAGAUCCCCAUUCGAUGGUAAGACCCUUUCGGUGACUUCGAGUCAAGUUGGCCAGAGUGCGGCACCGGUCGUUCAACCGACACCACCGGUGAAGCCAAUCCGUAAGGAUCUGCAAACGGGAGGGAAAGCAACAGAAACUCUAGCAGCAGCAGCAGCAGCAGCACCAGCCGGAGGAGCGACAGCAAACAUCGUGAGUAUAGCCCUUCCCACCAUUACCACGGUACUCGCCGCACCAUCCGUCAAGCAAUCCGUAUCAUCCGAGCCACCGAAAGAACCCUCACCGCCAUUGUUCAGCACCAGAGACCGCAUGGAUCAUUACGGAAGCGCUUCGAACCCGGACCCGGUUCGAUCGGCGUCCAAUCAAAACCUUCAUCAUCCACAACGACCAACGACGACGAUGACGAAUACGCUGCAGCUGCCCGGUAUCAGUGAUAUGAGCAGCCGGCGUAGCAUGACCGACUUGAGACACUUGCCACCAGCGACCACCAACAGUACGCUCGGCACCGACAAUCUGGACGAGUUGACCGAGUUUACGGAUCGAGCGGAACUGAAAAAGUUGGCCGCCCAACGGCACCAGCAUCCAGUGAAGCACGGACUAGCGAACGCGUUCGAGCAACUGGCUGCCUUUACGAUCCCUCAGGCGAUGGAUGGUGAUGAGACGGAGGAACGGAUCGAAGCUUUACCACCCGAUCGGAAGCUCAAACGCCGCGACUUUACCUACCAUCCAACGUUCGUACCGAAACAGAAUGCCACGCCAUCCGCAGCGACACUGACCGUUCCUGGCAGUUCCUCGGUAGAUCCUUCACUCGACAGCCGUCGCAGUACGGCCAGCACCGUGAGCAAGCAGGCGGAGAACGAAGAAAAACGUCGCCAAGCGGCGGAAGAGAAGCGCAAACGUGAAGAGGAACGGCGUCAGCGCGAUGCGGACAAACGGGCCCACGACGAACAGGAACGGCAGCGCAAGGAGGAGGAAAAGCGACGCAAAGAGGACGAGAAACGUGCCCGGGAUGAGGAGGAUCGCGCGCGAAAAGAAGACGAACGGCGACAGAAAGAAGAAGAGAAGCGUUUAAAAGAGGACGAAAAGCGCCGGGAACGCGAUGAAAAGAAGCGACUAAAGGAUGAGAAGAAAAAGACGGCUGCAGCGGCGAAGGCAUCAGCUAAGGCCACGGGAUCAUCGUCCACGGUGGCCACCGAUCCCGCCAAACCGGACACCGCCGAAGAGGAAAUGAUAGACUUGGCGAGCCAUCUCGAUCACUACAGUGUUGCGGUGACCAUGCAGACUCAGCAGCUGCAGCAGCAACGCAGUACCUCACUGGGACGUCCUCGAUCCGGUGGAACUCCUUACGGCAGUCAGGGUGUCCUCGGUACGUCCUCUCGGGGUCUCUCUAAUAGCUACCAAAGCUUGGACCGUGGAGGUGCCGCUGGUGCUGGUUCCGCUUCCGUCAACAGAAGUCAAUCGAAGCUUCUCCAACGGUAUGGUCCUAGGGCGGGCUCACAGGAAGCCAUCAGCACGGGAUUAUCUGGUGCUGGCGCUGGCACUGGCACUGGCACUGGCACUGACACUGGUUCUGCCCGGGAGCUGCAUAGGAGUCAGGGAAGUUUGGACUUCCGUCGAUCGAACAGACCGUCACUGUUGGAUAAAUACACACCGCGGCCAUUGAGUGCGUCGCAGCAACAGCAGCAGCCGAUGGUUGGUGCCGAUCCGCGAACUACUCGAUCUACCAGCCAGCGUAGCCUGGACAGUGGUCGCGUGGAGCGAUCGUCGCUGUUGCAGCGCUACAAACCCACUGGGGAUGCUCCGAGGCGCGAUCCGUACGAGCAUCGUGAUCACGAGUACGAGCCCAUCGGAGAGCCGGUCCCCGGUUCGCGAUUACAGCCAGCAGCAGCAGCAGCAGCAGCGGAUGGACAGCACCGUAAGCUUUCCAACUCUUCGUUCCUGCGCGUUCCGGCCGGAGAUGAAGGUGAUACGGUCAGCAUGGAGGAGCUGCAGAAGUCGAUCGAAGAUCGUUUCUUUAAUCAACCACCGGCGGAUGCCGAAGCUGCCGGUACCUCGGUGCCUACUACCGAGGGCGUUGAGGGAGCUACAACCGCAGCAACCGAUGAGCCGAAAGCGAGCAAAAUGAAGGCUGCGAUGGCGAAGGCCCAGAGCAGCGGUAAACAGGCGAUGGCCAAGGCCCAGGAGAGCGGUAAGCAAGCCAUGGCCAAAGCACAGGAGGGCGGAAAGACGUUGCAAAAGAAGUUGAUGCAGCAAACGGAUCGCUUCAAGACGAAAAUGUCAAACAUUAAGCUCAAGAAGGACGGCAAGGACAGCUCUCCUGCUCCGCUCGCUAGCCCCGAGGUGGUAACGACGCCUGAGCUAGAGAAACUUGACUUUACUCUGGCCGUACCGAAGGAUGAGGAGGAACAGCAGCAUCCUGAUGCCGAGAUUCAAUCGGCUACUCCGGAGAGCCCUGAAGCUGCUGCCGAAGAGGAACACGAAGGCGCAACCACUGAUGCUGGCAAAUCGGGCGGCAAGUUCGCGAAACUCAAGAACAUCCACAUGCCCAAGCUACAGAAACCGGACUUUAAGCGUCCCGAUUUCAGCAAAAUCUCCAAACCCAAGAUGCCCAAACUGCGCGGUCCGGAUAUGUCCAAGUUUAAGCGCCCGGAGAUGCCCAAAUUCCUCACCGAGAAACCGGACUUCGGUAAAAUGUCCGAAAAGAUCAAACUUUCGCGCAGUAAAUCGAUGAAGGAACCGUCACCAUCCGCCGCGACCAGUGCGGCCUCACCGUCGGACGUUUCGGCCCUUGGACCGGUUGAUGAUGCACCCGGACGCCCAUCCACGAAGAUCAACUAUACCGAUUUCAGCACGUACCCACGGUUGUUCGAUAAGUUUAAGCGCCAAAAAUCGGCCCCCAGCGGACAGGCUAGUGUGCGCGCCGGUACACCACCACCACUGGAGUUCACCAAGGCGGCCAAGACGACACGGGCCCAAGGACCGAACGUGGUGUCACGCUGGACAUCCGAAAAAUCAUCGGAAGAUGCCGGUGGUAGCAAUCGGUUCCUGCAGUACACCGGAAGCGAACUGGACGAACGGGAAACGUCAGUCGAGCGUCGUAUGCGCCAGGAGUUGGAGCGAGCGGAAUUCGAGGGCCCUGAGCUGUUGGCCGUCACCGAGGAACAGAAGCAGCUGGAAGAGUACGAUAAAGAGAACCGGGAGAUCCACCUACUAUCCGCCGCACGGCACGAUGAGUUUAUGAAGCGCAAACCACCGAUGGAACGCCAGGAGUCAGAUCUGGCCUCGGAAGAGGAGAAACAGUUCUGGGCCAGUGCGCUCGGCCAGAAGAUACGCCAGAACAUCGACAUGAACAGUAACGAUUUGGAUUUGCUCGAUGAAGAGGAACGGCUGCUGGUGGCCAAGGAGAAUGACGAGAUUGACCAGGAGGUACGCGAGCAGGCUCAGUAUCUGCUCGAGCUGAGCCGGCAGCGGGCGGAGAAGGAGCACGAACGACGCUCGUCCACACCGUACACCAACCAGGAGUGCCAAUCGUCGGGUAGCUCGAGUGUGCGGCGCCGCAAGGGCGUACUGGAGGAGAUCGAUGACGAUGAGUUCUUCCUGCGCCAGAAGGGCAUCUCGAAGGACAACAUCCAGAUGGGCGAGUACAUUAGCUCGGCCAUCAAGGAGGGUUUAAGUCACCCGAAGAAUGCGCUGGCCGAUAUGGAUCGGUACGAUUACUACGAUGAGGAUACGGAUGGGCUGCGGCGUUACUAUCAACCGAGUUUCGAGUCGGACGAUGUGUCCAAUCGGCAGGACUUUACCGAUAGCUACCGUACGUUCCCACCGGAUCGUCCGAAUCGCAAGGGGAAGAGCAAGGGGGCACAGGCGGCAGGCACCACCGGGUACGAUGAGGAGAAUGAUCUGGAUCGUAUCGAGACGGAAGAGCAGGACGAUGAGCUGGCUUACUAUGAUCGACAGCGGCGCACAAAGUAUGGUAGCGAGCAACCGGAACUGCUGCAAUCCGUGGCCGCCCGUUACAUGGACGACGAGUUCGAGGACGAUGGUAGCUUGCGACGUGGUGAAAUGUUGGCCGGUUCGGUUGUACCACCGACACCACCGUCCAGGCGCCGCAAGAAGCGCUUCCGUGAUGUGACGCCCUCGGACGUAGACUCAUUCGCGAACGGUGCCGCCACCACCGGCGCCAUCGUCGGGAAGUCCAUCUCCAAUAACUUCAUCGCCGGAUCACUCCCCACGCAGCAGAAUGUCACCGUUAACCGUGCGGAGGUACCGCUGGCUCGGGAGGAAAGCUUCGGCACCAUACCGGAACCGGCACCGAGACGUUCCCGUUCACGAUCGCAGCUCGGUUCCAAGAUACUGCUGGCCGACGAGGACAUGGAUCGGGUGUCGCGUGGUGCUGAGUCACUGAUCGGUGGCAUCAUCGAUGCUGCACCAGGUGCCAGAGGAUCGUAUCCGUAUGAAGUUUCCGAAAACAACGGCUAUGCCACCGUACGCAAGGAAGCUCCUCCGAGGCCACCGGCACCGAUAAGGCGCCGCAAGUCAACCCGGUCACUCGAUGCAGCACCACCAGUGCGGCAGUUCAAUACGCUGCCCAGCAGCUACAACCACUCGGUGUCCCCUGUGCGGCCACAGCGUAACUACAGCACCAUCAAUCCGAACCGUCCACCACGCAGGAAGUCCGUCACCAGCCUCACCGGCAGUCAGCAGCAGCUGAAACCGACCACCCAGCGAAGCCGGGAUGAUGGUGGCCAGUAUGAGGAUGUGCUGGAAGGACCGGUACCACCACAGCGCCCACCACCACCAGUGAUACAGCGCGAUGUAGCGAAUAAGAUGAAGGAUCGUCCACUACCACCACCGCCACGUCCAACGCGCAAACCACGACGCCCCGAUGGUACGGAUCGUCACGAUCUCGAUGGUGGUGCCGAGCGUGUGGUCUCGGUUGAUGUCGAAGAAAUCGAUACGUCCACCCAGACCGAUCCAGUUUCGGAAGAUUUCGGACUGGACGCGGAGAUAGCGGCCGUAACGGAGCAAGCGGCGGCUGCAUCAAGCCGUGUCAACGAUGCGGAACAACUCGAGGGAGCCCUUCACCGGUUCCGGGACGGUAACGUGAAGGCACUGUCCGAUCGGCCCAAAUCUUCCCGCUCCGGCAGUCGACCGGAAACGCCGGCUUCGAUUUUGAUCGAACGCAAAGUAUCAACCCCAUCGUUGGCCCACGAAUCCGUCGUCGAGGCAUCGCUGACGGUCCAACCGCUCGAAGAGUUCGACGACGAUCAGUACAUAGCGGAGCUGGUGAAGAAGUACGUCUCGGAGGAGGCACGCAAACCGGAACCAAGGCGAACGGUAGACGAGCGACGCCUGCGCAAAAGUACGAGCAGCCUCGGGCGUGAGGAAGAGAUCCGUCCGGUGGAGACGCUCGGUACUUCUCUCCGCACUCCGACAAUCCGUUCGACGAGCCGCACCUCCGUCGAUGGUCGUCUGUCGGCCGCCACACCCGAGCCACUGCGCAACGUCGAGAUUUCACCCACGGUUAUCGAGGAGAUUGUGGAGCGAUUGCGUACGACCGAGCAGCACCACAUCGACGAACUGCACAAGCUACACCAGGAGCAGCUCGAGGAUCUGCGCAAACAGCACGAGGAACAGAAACGACUGCAGGAGCAACGGCUAGAGGAACAGCAGCGUCAGCUACUAGAACAGCAAAGCCAACAGCUACACGAAACACAGCAGCUCAAGGAACAGAUCCUCCAGCAGCAAGAACACCAAAAGCUGCUUCUGGCUCAACAACAGAACCAACAGCAACAGCUACUGGUCGCACAACAGCAACAGCAACUCCUAAUGGAGCAGCAAGAGAAGGAGCGUGAGUUGCAGCGCGAAAAGGAACGUGAGCUGUUGCGAGAGCGUGAGCAAGAGCUAGAGCGUGCCCGGGAGCGUGAACGGGAGCUACACCUGGCCCGUGAGCUGGAGUUGCAGCGUGCCCGCGAAGUGGAACAACAGCGAGCCCGCGAUCUCGAGCAGCAAAGGAUACGCGAGAUGGAAGUGCAGCGAGCGCGCGAACAGGAACACCAACGGUUGCGCGAACUCGAGAUCCAGCGGGCGAUCGAAGCGGAACAGGGCCGUCAGCGAGAGCUGGAACUGCAGCAGAGGGCUGCUCAGGCAGCAGCAGCAGCUCAGUCCGUUGCCAAGGAAACGGCAACUGCUGCACCAACGAAUGAAACGCCAAGCGAUGCCCCGCUGCAGCCAACGGUGGAAGAACAGCCAGCUGCAGAGGGUUCAGUUGAUGUGGUAGAUGGCCCAACGAUCGCUACCACGACUGAGCUAUCAGCAGCAGCAACGGGAGCAGCAUCAGCACCACCAGUUCGACCACCACUACCACCACUGCCACCUUACGCUUUCCAUCCCGAUUACCUAGCCUACGGUAUUCCUCCGGCGGCCGCCUCGCAAUAUCUGCUGCGACCGAGCAGUCUCCCAUCGGAAGAGGACGGUAUGACCCCACUGGCCCCGCAGCGCCGCCGUCGCCAUCUUCGCUCGAAGCGUGAAUCCACCUCCGAGGAUGAUCAGCUGCAUCAGCAACAGCGUGAACAGCAACAACGGCGCCAUCGACACAGUACUCGUUCGCCCGAACCUUCGAUCCCAUCGCUCGGUGGCCAGCUGGUACGGGCUUGUGGUAGCUCGUUGCGUCAAACCGGGGACGAUUUGAUGGCGAUGCUGCGGGCCAGCAGCAAGGAUGAGAACAAGCGCGAUCUGCACAUCGCCAUCAUCAUCCUCAUAGUGAUCGUGGCCGGUCUGAUGGCGCUCGGAAUGAGCGGGGAGAAGGCGGUUCACCAUCAUCACUGGGAUUACUUUAGUCCACCGGGCCAUGGUGGUGCUUAGGUGCAGGAGGAGGGUUUCAAGGGGGGGGGGGGGGGUUUGAGUUUAGAAACGCAUUUGACACUUGGCCACAUCCUCACCGCCACCAUAUCACUACCAUCACUUGACUUCUUGAUCACCAGUAGUGUUAGUAGAAAGUUUGGCACUCUCUGUUUUUACACUACCUCUCUCUCUCUCUCUCUCUCUCUCUCUCUCUCUCUCUGCACAGCGCCACAUCCUUUAGUGUGGCCAGUUCACCGUAACUUCAAUCGUUUGCUCGUUAGAAAUCCCCGCGUACCAAUAAGUUGUGUUGACGCCACGUGCGCCAUUUACUACAGCUGCGAUACCAAAAAAAAAAACAAAACCAAGGAAAGCAAUCUAGUGGUGAA